UCCGCUAUAUAAAGUGCACACCGCCGGCAGAGCUCACAGCUUCAGUGGACAGCUCCGUGGCGCUGAACUCUCACGCACACCGCACACACUCUUUCUGCAACAUGACUGGAACCAUGGACGGAUUUUCGUGGAAACUUUUUCUACUUUCUUUCCUGGUUGUUCUGCAGGGCUCGGCGCAAGACUUCGGACAGACACAGUUUAUUUGCACGUCGGUGCCCAAGGAUAUGGACUUGUGCGCGGCCACGAUGCAGAAUAGCGGGCCGGCAGAAGACCUGAAGACCACGGUCAUGCAGCUUCGGGAGACCGUGCUGCAGCAGAAGGAGACCAUCAUGAACCAGAAGGAGACAAUCAGGGAACUAACGUCCAAGUUGAGUCGCUGCGAGAGUCAGAGCCUCCCGGCGGCGGGACCCGGCGGAAGGCGGCCGGGGGUGAAGAACACGAUGGGGGAUGUAUCCCGGGGCACCACUGACACCCUGGCCCAGCUGGGGCAGACUUUACAGACGCUCAAACAGAGACUGGAGAAUCUAGAGCAGUACAGCCGAGGGAACAACACCGCGCAGGCGAACAGCCUCAAAGACCUGCUCCAGAACAAGAUAGACGAUAUGGAGAAGCAGGUUCUGUCCCGGGUCAACACCAUAGAGGAGACCAAACCAACCGCCAGGAACGACACCGAUCAGCGGAACAGAGUGGAGUCCACGCUCACCUCUCUGCACCACCGCAUCACAGACCUGGAGAAAGGUAAAGACACCAGGCCCAUAGAUAAGUUUCAGCUCACUUUCCCCCUGAGAACCAACUACAUGUACGCCAAAGCCAAGAGGAGCCUCCCUGAGAUGUACUCCUUCAGCGUGUGUCUGUGGAUCAAGUCCAACGCCUCCCCCGGAGUGGGGACGCCCUUCUCGUAUGCCGUCCCGGGCCAGGCCAACGAGCUGGUGCUGAUUGAGUGGGGGAACAACCCCAUGGAGAUCCUCAUCAAUGACAAGGUUGCGAAGCUGCCGUUCCUCAUCAACGAUGGGAAAUGGCAUCAUCUGUGCAUCACGUGGACCACCCGUGACGGGAUGUGGGAAGCCUUCCAGGACGGGGUGAUGCGGGGAAGUGGAGAAAACCUGGCACCGUACCACCCCAUCAAACCAGAGGGAGUUCUGGUCCUGGGACAAGAGCAGGACACGUUGGGCGGAGGCUUUGAUGCGACGCAAGCUUAUGUUGGUGAACUAGCAAACUUAAAUAUCUGGAAUAGGAAACUUUCCGUCGCAGAGAUCUACAACUUGGCGACCUGCAACAGCAAAGCACCGGCCGGCAACGUGUUUUCCUGGACGGAGAGCAACAUUGAAAUAUUUGGCGGUGCCACCAAAUGGACCUUCGAGCCUUGCCGUUCGCUCAACUGAACUGCAUUCCACCGAGCAAGAGAGGCCUCUCUGUAUUUCUGAGCUUUUGUCGUUCUCGUCUUCAUUUGACGUUCGUUAGAGACUAUUUGAGUUAUAUUGGUAAGCUUAAAUCUGGGAUUUCUAUCAUUCUUAGGUAUUUAUGUGCACUUUUCAUCUUGAGGAAAAAAUAUUCGUCUUGGAAGCCUCAGUGAGAAGGUUUUGUUCCUCCUUUUUUUUCUUGGGCGUUCAGUUGAAAGCACACCUAAGCUUUUUCGUUUGGCUGACUUGGACUGGCAGCUGGCAAUCUGCGCCUUAUGUUCGGACAAUUCACAAUCCAAGAGAGGAAUUACAUAACCACCCCCACUUCCCUCCAGAAAGUGGGAGAUUACGCUGUCCAUCCAACUCUUGUCAGUGUUUGGCGCUGUGAAGUGAUGUCUGGCGCGGUACAGCACCCUGCGAAACCCCCUCUCCCCCAACCCCCCCUUUUCUCCUUCACUGGCCCCACCCCCUCCGGAACUUGCACUGUGACUGACUCCAGGAGAGGAGGGUAUGUUGAAGGAAACUGCAAAGUCAGACUCUGGUACAAGUCAAUUUGUAGUCGUUGUUCGCUUCAAGUGUUUCUGUAAGAAUGUCGUUAAACUUGCCAACAUUGCUACAAAGCCUGGGUGCCUUGGGCUGGUUCAAAUCUUCAGCACAUUCAGUAUGUUCUCAGUUGCAAAUUCAAUGUUUUACUGUUCUCUGUUUUCCUUUCUGAGCUGGGUUGAGUUUCCUGUUUCUCUGGUAAAUGUAAUUUGAUUACAGUUUGUUAUCUGACAUGACGUGUUUUGGCAGGUGUUUGUACUGCUCUGUAAAAGGAAUGUUACAGUAUGUGUAUAGUAACAGCAUGAAUGACGAGUGCUGUGAAAGCAUUGUUGAAAUCUGCUUUACUAUCUUCUCUGGGUCCGGGUUUUUUACUGUAUUGUUAUAUGCUCCAAGCAUGGCAAAACUGAGAGAUGAAGAAUUUAAUUUUUGUAAUAAAAUUGUGAUACUUAAUGUCACAGUGCAUUCCUGGCUUUGGUUAUGUGCAUGGGUGCAGAGCGUUUGAAUAGUGAAAUGUCCGAAGGCAGUGAAGGUCACAAAGAGGGCGCUUGAGAACAGAAAUGAAAGUGUGUGUGGGGGGGUGUGUGUGUGUGUGUGUGUGUGCGUGUGGUCUCUUUUUAAGCUGACUGCAGAAGAUAACUCACUUGCUGCUUUGUUGUUGCUGCCGUGAGAUACAGUGCCUGCACUAAACACUGCGAGGCUCACAGAGGAAAAAAUGCUUUGUCACAGCGGCCUUUCAAUGGCCCAGUUCAAGAGUGCAGCUUAAAGUAAAACUGCAGUACUUAGUUAGACUUUUAGUUAGUUCACUCAGACCUGUUGCUGUAGCACCAAACAUCAUGAAGAUACCUUAUUCAAGCGUCAGACUAAGAAAGAUGUCUGAAUCGGAAUAUCAUGAUUGGAUAUUCUGCAUUUAGACUUCCGUUUUUUGUUUUACCAUGAAACAUUUCAGGAAAGAUCCUCACAAUGAGCUGCAGUUGUUUUUCAACACGUAUUUUCCUCAUUAAGAAAAAUUCUUAAAUGUUAAUCACGUCAUGUCGUGCUGAGUAAUUUCUGCUCACACACACAACAUUUUGUCUUAUUUUCAUUCUGAUUAAUCUAAAGAGGUGCAACCCCUUCGUGUUCUGCUUAUGAAUAAAUACAUUGAGCCUUGACUGAAA